GUAACCGCUGUCUAAAAUUCUGGUUAGGAAGUGGUUAUUUUUGGAACAUAUCUCCAUCCAUCCAUUCAUAACCACAUAACUGAUUGGAACAUAAAUUUUAAAAGUAAAAUUGGGUGAAAUCACAAAUGGUCUGUGGGUGAAAUGCAAUAGUGAUAUUCACGCACGGAAGCAAUAGCUAAGAUAACCUAGACAGAGAGAGAGAGAGAUAAAUAUUAUGAGUUAUGGUGUGAAAUCCAUCAUACUGGCGACACUUAUUCAAGGACAAGGGAGUCAGUUGAAAACAAAUCAAAUAAAUCACAAACCCCAGACACUGUCAAAUGCCGAAAUCCGUUUUUUGGCCGGUCUUACAAAUUCUGAAUAUACCAAUGAAGUAUUGGAUAACAUUCUAAUACCCAGAGUUGUUGGCACUCCAAAUCAUAAGAAGGUUUUCGAAUAUAUCAAGAAAGAGCUACAAAAGUUGAAUUGGAAUGUACACAUUGACGAAUUUGAAAGUAAUACUCCACAUGGACUUUUAACAUUCAGAAAUAUUAUAGCAUCUUUGAAUCCUCAGGCGGAUAGAUAUUUGGUUUUAGCUUGCCAUUACGACAGUAAAUACUUCAAGGAUGAAGUAUUUGUUGGUACUUGAGAUUGACUGCUGUUGAAGAUAAAUUGAAGAGUCUGAACUUGAUAAAAAAUAACAAAAACCAGAGAUAUUUUAUCAAAAGAACUUUUCACGGUUUCGUCGAAGACGACCAUAUUCCGUUUCUGGAAAAAAAUGUUCCUGUACUUCAUCUCAUCUCACAUCCCUUUCCACGGGAGUGGCACACAGCAGGUGAUAAUCGUGAUAUUAUCGACAUGGAUACUGUUGAAAAUAUUAACAGAAUAUUGAGAGUUUUUGUUGCAGAAUAUCUGAAUAUGUCAGUAAAUCCUAAUUCCUAAUUUGUUUUCGUGCCUAUAGGAUCACUGCAUAGAAGUCAUGGAGAAAACAAUAUUUUUUGAAGUUAUACUAAUAUGAUCAAAAUCUUGACAGUUAAAUGGGUUUUAUAUUUACUAAAUAGAUUUUAAAUGGUGAAAAAUGAAUAGGUACUGAUUAUAAUGAACAUUUUUAAUAACAUUUGUAAUCAACACAGAAUAGAUUCCUAAACAAUUCUUAUUUGCAUUAAAUACAAAUACCCUUAUUUUUGUAUUGGUAAAUAAA